CAUUACAAAGCCACAGCGGCCAAAAUCACAUCCUUCCUGCAAAAACACCGAGUAAUAAAAUAGAGACAUUGCGUAUAGAAAACGAAUAAACACACACAUCGAGAGAAAAAGAAACGUGUGUAGGGAUGGCAGAGGAGGAUGAGCGCGGUCCCGGUGCGGUCUAUCAGAUGUUUGUAGUGAUGGAAGAUCUUCUGGAUAAACUGAAGGUCUUGGAUUAUGAACAGCAUGUUCUGGACAAACACAACAUCAAACCUCUGUCGAGGCAUUAUUUUGUCUCUAGUCCUCACGUGCUGUCAAAUCCUGGAGAGCAGUUUUAUUUGUUCAGUGUCAUUGCCGCCUGGUUGAUUUCUCUUUGCGGGCGGCCCUUUGACACACCACAGGAGUAUGACGACCCCAAUGCCACCGUCUCCAACAUCCUCUCUGAGCUUCGUGCACUGGGUGGCCAGGUUGAUUUCCCCCCAGCUAAACUAAAGUCUGGAUGUGGAGAGCAUGUGUGUUACGUUUUAGAUCAAUUGGUAGAAAAGGCACUGAAGAGCAAAGGAUUCUCCUGGAACAAGCCCCAAUACCCUUCUGUAGAAGUGGAAGACGAGUGUGUACAAGAAGAUGAUGCUGAACUUACACUCAGUAAAGUGGAGGAAGAGAUGACACAGGAGGAUGAAGAUUAUGAGGAUGAAGAGGGACUUGAUUUAGAUGCACUGAAGACCAGAACUAAUCAGAGUGAACUCACUGGUUCGAGGCCUGCAGAGGUUCUCGAGUCAGACGUUGAUGCUACAGAGUGGAAUCUGGAGGUGGAGAGAGUUCUUCCACAGCUCAAAGUUACCAUUCGGACUGACAACAAGGACUGGAGGAUUCACCUUGACCAAAUGCAUCAACAUCAAGAUGGCAUCAACACAUCCUUGCAGGAGGCCAAGGGUUGUCUGUUUAAGCUGCAGGAAGACAUCACUAAAACUCUAGAGAAAGUGGGCAGCCGUGAGAAAUACCUGAACACUCAGCUCGAGCAUCUGAUUUCAGAAUACCGCCAGGCACAAACACAACUUAACAAGGUAAAGGAACUUUAUAAACAGGCAAGUGGAGGUGUCACAGAGAGAACCAGAAUUUUGGCUGAGAUAAGUGAGGAGCUGGAGAAAGUCAAACAGGAAAUGGAAGAGAAGGGCAGCAGCAUGUCUGAUGGAGCUCCAGUGGUGAAGAUCCGUCAGAGUUUGACUAAGCUUAAGCAGGAGAUUGAGCAAAUGGAUGUUCGGAUGGGAGUGGUGGAGCACACACUACUACAGGCCAAACUUAGAGAGAAAAACAACAUGACAAGAGAAAUGCACGCAACACACCUCUUAGAGCCCAGCACACAAAAUUUCUAACAUAUGUUCACACGACACACACACACAAAUUAUGUAACUAAUCAUGUUAAAUGAGUUGACUAUGUUUUGUAUAAAUAUUUGUAUAAACGUUUUAAGUGUCGAUUACAAACUGUCUGGUUAUUAACAAUAAAAAUAUUUAAAAAAAAAAAA